AGUAGAAAGAAAAGAAUUGGUGAAUGUCUGAAUUUCAUUAUGCUGUUAUUCUGACUAGGGUAUCUAUUUUUCCAGGUUUAUGUUGAGCUGGGUGGCUCAUCAAACGUACAGCAGGAAUGGGUUCUGGGAAUUGGAUUAAGACAGUGAUUAGUUUGAAGAAGGGGAAGAAAGGCCAUUUGAAGCAGUUAAAGGGUUCUUCAUCACCGUCUGUGAAAUCGAAUGGCUUCAAAUCGAAGAAUCUGCAGAACAAAGAUUUGACUACUUUUGCAAAUGGGCAUGGGAAUGAAGAAUUGGCUGCUACUCGCAUUCAAACUGCAUUCCGUGCAUAUAAAGCCAGGAAAGCCUUGCGCCGCCUAAGAGGGACUGUGAAAUUACAGACCCGAACCAAGCAUCAGUCCAUUGUGAAGCAAGCUACUUCCACAUUGAACCACCUUCAUCUGUGGAGCAGCCUGCAGACCCAGAUUAGAACUCGCCGCCUGUAUAUGGUCGCCGAAGGUCGUUCGAGGCAGAAGAAGUUGGAGAAUCAAAUUAAACUCGAGGCAAAACUUCUUGGCCUGGGGGUGGAGUGGAACAGUGGGUGUGAUACAAUGGAGGAGAUUCUUGCAAGAGUACAUCAGAGGGAAGAAGCAGCAGUGAAGAGGGAAAGAGCAAUGGCAUAUGCCUUCUCUCACCAGUGGAGGGCAAACUGUAGCCAGAGCCUUGGUAGCUAUGAAGUUGGCAAGUCCAACUGGGGAUGGAGCUGGACUGACCGCUGGAUCGCUGCUCGUCCUUGGGAGAGCCGUGUCCCUGUGAAGUCCAUUACACCAAAGAAAGCUCAGAACAACAAGCAGGCUAACAAGGCGGCUAGUAAGACUGCAACUUCACCUGCUGCGAAAAUGUCAACAACAGCCUCCAAACCACCAGUGUCCAAUGGAGGUAUAAAAGCCAGGAGAUUAACUUACCCGGUUACUGGAAAACAAGCUACAACACUCCAUGGAAGCAGGAAAGGUGGAAUUGGAGAGGCUAAGAAGGAGCAGCUGGUACUGGCAUCUUAGUGUGUUCUUGUUCUUGUUCUGGUCUCUUUCAUUUAAUUUUGUGAUUAUGAGUUUAUGAGUGGUGUGGUAUUCUUCUGCUUGUGGAUGCGCGGUAUAUAACUGAGAAAGCCUUGAGAGUUUAUUUGGUUCUAUCUUCUUUUCUUCUUCUUCCUAUACACCAUGUGAAAAACAAGAGCUCACUUUGUAUUUAUAUACUGUAAAUAGAUGAUACCAUUUUGUGUUGGAGGGUCCAAUGUUCAUUCAUUUUUACAGAGCUCACUGCAACUUUGA